UAGAUAUAGAAAUCGGGGAUAUUGACGUUUUAAUUAUUGGCAUAAACUGUUCAGGUAUAAAAUCUAUAUUUAUCUACCAAAAAGGAAGUUAUAGUAUACAGUAUAUUUGGAAAUGUUCCAUCCUUUGUGACUAACUUUGAAAACAUCAGUUUGUUUGAAUACAUUGUACAAAAUGGAUGCACAAAAUAUAAUUGGUAAAAACUGUGGUGAAUUUACUGUAGAGAAACAUAUUGGGAAAGGCACGUUCGGACAAGUGUAUCUAGUUACCAGAACUGAUCAGAUCCCAUCAAGGACAGGGUCAUUUCAGCCCACAAACUAUGCUAUGAAAGUAAUCAAUUUAAGCAGAGCUAACAGACGAGAGCAAGAACUUUUAGACCGAGAAACUCAAAUACUGUCUGACCUCAAACGGUUCAAACAUGAGAACAUAGUUCAUUACGUAGAGUGCUUUCGCCAAGGAGAUAGUGCUUACAUAAUUAUGGAGUAUUGUGAGCGUGGUACUUUAUAUGAGUAUAUCCGACAAAACAAAGUCGUUUCAGAAUAUAUGUUUGUAGAAUUUGUCAGACAGAUGGCAUCUGGAUUAGAAUUUCUACACAGUAAAAACGUGUUACACAGAGACGUAAAAAGUAAAAACAUUUUAUUGACUGCUCAUAACGACGUCAAGAUUGCAGAUUUCGGCGUAGCAAGAGAGAUUCCAGUGGCGGCUCCUGGUAAAAUGUCUGUAUUUAUCGGCAGUCCACAAUACAUGAGUCCAGAGAUGUUGGCAAAGAAACCGUAUGACGAAAAGACUGAUAUCUGGAGUUUAGGGUGUACGUGUUUUGAAAUGGGUACCGGUGAUUAUGCAUUUAAAGCAGAAAAUAUACAACAGAUCAGACAACUCGUUGAAAAGAAACAACUGCCACCAAUGGAGAACGCUGAUUACUGUGACGAUGUUAAGUCUAUCAUUAUGUGGAUGUUACAAAAAGAAUCUGCUAACAGACCGACGGCCAAACAAGUAGCAGAAGUAAUAGCUAGUCAUAAAUGUAAAAAUAUUGGCACUCACACUGCAGUAGAGUUGUCAAAGGCUGUAGCCAAAGUGGCACCAAGGAAAAAGGAACCAAAAACAUCGAAGACAAAAACGAACGAUUCUGGAAGAGAGAGUGGUGUGUUUAGUGAGCAACCAUCAGAAUGUGGAUUAACAGAUAAGUCUGCAAUGGGAGCUACGUAUAAUGAAGUGUCCAAUACACAGAAUCAACAGGAUUAUCUCCAGAAACAGUCAAAUAAAUAUCAGGCGCAAAUAGUUCGAUUAAUGGGUGGCAACAAAGCAAGUGAACAUGUCUCUAAGAUUAUUAAAGUAUGUCGUAAACAUCCAACAGAUUACGAGAAAAUAAAGACUGUGGUGAAAAAGUAUGUUCGAGAAGACCGUUAUGAGAGGGUGUAUCCGCUUGUACUAGCAUUGAAAGGUGUAGAGGAGGCCAUAGCACUACAGGACUCACCCCCAUCACACGUAGAUUCUAAACCCGAUCGAGCAGAUACCUAAUGUCAUAGAAGCUAAGGACAAUAAUCAUUUACACACAAGUUUUAUAUGCUGUCAUGUGACUUGCCAGUGUACAACGUCCUUGGACAAUUUGUACGAUGAUUAAGAAGAGAAAGAAGGAACCCUUGAAGAUAUAAUGAAAAGGAAUGGUAUAGGAAAAUGCAUUGCAGGAGUUAUGAAUAUCAAUUUCGAGGCCAGUAGGUGUAAGGAAUGAUAUGACAUUUUCUCAUGUUUUUAUUUGUAACCGGUGCUUUUGUCAUUUCUUAUUUGUUAGAAUAGGUUGUCUCCCCACAAGUGGCAUUACUUGCAGAUUCAUUAUUAAGCAAAGUUGUCAUUUUAUACAUUUCUUUUUUUUUUUAAAUAUUUGAUAUUUACACAUGUAUUUUACACUUAUUCUCUCGUUUGUUUUAAGUCAUAUGAUAGUUUCAAUUUGUAUAAAUAAAUGAAAGACUGACAACCAAAGUACCCAGACAGUAUGCUGUCUUAUAAAAACACUCAUUCGUUAUUCAGCUUUACUUGAAAGCGUCUGAUCACAACUCUGUAAACAAUUUUAUGCGGUUUUUCUGUUACUAAGUUAACAUUAUACACGAUAUGCAUUUUAUACGCGCGUCUGGCGUAUUAAAUUUUAAUCCUGGUACCUUUGGUUACUAUUCAGCAGAUCAGGAACACAUUCCUUGUUCAAUAUCUACAAGAAGGUAACAUAUCUAAAAAUGAAAGUUUUCUUUUUGAGUAAGAGUGGCAAUGAAUUGAUGAGAAACAAAUCUGGUUCCAGACCCGUUUGAUGGGUAAUUACAAAAAAACCUCCUUGCUUUUACGUCUCUGCAUGUAGAUACAUACACGAGUGUUGUUGUUUUGGUUUUUUUUUAAUUUAAGACUGUUUUUACCAAAACAAGUAUUUUUGUUCUUAUUCUUUAUAGUGAUAUUAGUUAGUAAACAGCAUCAUUGACUGUCAUAAAAUGUGUGUGUGAUGUGGAAGAAAGUAAAUUGAUGUGUGUGUGUGUGUGUUUAAGCAUGGAAGUAAUAUUACUUCCAUGGUUUGAGAGAGAGUUAUGCAUGACCCUAACGAUAUAUGAUAAACGAUAUCAUAUGCUACAAUAAUUUUGAAUGAAUACUUUUACAUGGUAAAUGUGAUAGUCCACUUUAGCUGAUUUUACAUGAUAACUGUGAUAUUCCAUUUUAAUUUAUAUUUUUAUUAACUGUGAUACUACGAUUUAUAUGUACUUUUUGAAUAAAGAGAUAGAACUUU